CCACCUGGACAGGAAAGAACCUCACCACCCGAUAAACCCCCAUCAACCCACUCAAUAACCAGCCAUCAUGCCUCCGAUACGAACCUCGCGCAAUCGCAAAGCACCACCCCCAGGCUUCGACGACAUCGAAGACACACUCCUCGAAUUCAGCAACAAGAUGAAAGAUGCCGAAAACGCGCCCCACGACGGGCAGAAGAAGCACGAGAUGUUAUGGUCCAUCUUCCAGAUCAGUCAUCAGCGCAGCAGAUACAUCUACGACCUAUACUACGAAAAGGGAGCUAUAUCGCGACCGCUGUACGACUGGCUUCUGAAGAAUAACUACGCCGAUGCGAGCUUGAUCGCCAAGUGGAAGAAACAGGGUUAUGAGAAGCUUUGCUGCCUCCGUUGCAUCCAGCCCAAGGAAACGAAUUUCAACGCGACGUGCAUCUGCCGGGUCCCGAAAGCCCAGCUCAAAGAAGAUCAAAUGAUUCAAUGCGUGAGCUGUGGUUGUCGAGGGUGUGCCAGCAGCGAUUAGCCUUUUGUAGGUAUUGCUGAUCGGUUAUAGAAAAAGGGCGGACGGGGUGUGUCGAAGUGAGACACUUGGUACGAUAGGCGUUAGUAGUCCUUGGGUUUGGUUUAAUUUUGCUUGCAGGAUGGCGGCGUUUUGGUUACAUGAUUCGAAAUUUCUUGCAUCAAUAUCCCUCCCCCUCCCCCACCGAAUUCCUCCCUUGCUUGCCCCCCCUUCCUAGGAUUUAUGCAGAAGCUGCCCUUCAAUUUCGGCCUUUGUUUAUUACUAACAGUGACCUUGGGCGGUAAUUCGAUACCCACUAAAGUACCUCUCAUAUGAGAUGAAAUGCUUACGC